CCAACGCACUCUUAAGUCUCUAACUCACUCAACUUGCAAAGUUUAACACUUUCUUAGUUUUUUUCUCUUCUCUAGGAAAGGGAAUCAAACCCUUUAAACUUCUACUAUAAUCUAUUCCUUUUCUUUACGUAAUGAAAUUUGUUUUUCUUUCCCUUUGAUUAUCUUUUGUUUGUUUGUUUGUUUGCUUGAUUUAAUCUUAUUAAAAGUCUGCCUUAGUUGGCUAAAGAGAGAAAAAUGGUGGCAAUGGCUUCUUUGCAAAUGAUGAAACCAACAAUUUCUCCAUUUUUAAGUUCAUCAAAAUCUAUGGAAUUGGAUUCCAGAGUUCAGGGGAAUGGGAAUGGGAUUUGUGGGUUUAGAAGGAGAAGAAUUGGUACAAGGAAGAUGAUGAAGAGGGUUUUUUGUAAUUUACAAGAUGGUGAUGAUCGUCCUACCAACAGUAGCAACAACGAACCUCCCGAAUCUUUGUUCAUGAAGGAGCUCCGAAGACGAGGUAUAUCACCCACAUCACUUCUCGAAGAGAGCAAUAGAAGCACAGUUGAGGAAGAGAUAAUAGAAGAUGGAGCUGAUAGAUUGUUUUCUAAGCGAAAUGCAGUUGCGACAGAUUCAGACAAAAGUUUGACCAAUCAAAGAGAGCAAUCGAUGGCACUGAACAGUGAAGGCCUUGAGGGCUUGAUUCCACGUGCUAAGCUUUUGUUGACACUUGGCGGAACAUUCUUCUUGGCAUUUUGGCCACUAAUCCUUGUAACAGUUGGUUCUUUUGCUGCUCUUUAUCUGUAUUUCGGAUCAACUUUCGUCCAUAUUGGGGGCAAAAACGCAGUUGAUCCCCCUCCAUAUAUAGAUCCAUACGUACUUCUGCAAGAAGAGAGAAUCAUUAAAUAAGCUCCCCUCGGAACUCAAGUGGCCGCAUGCAUCUGCAUAUAUCAAUCUUGGUGGCAGGUUUUUAGUAUAGGGUUCCCAGUCUUUGUGCAAGUCAAGAAAUGUACCUCAUGUUCAUCCCUUUCCUGCCUUAUUUACAGUUCGCUGCUUAUAUUAGUGUAUGUAUGAUGCCAAAUUGUAAGAAAAAAUAUAGAAUGCCCACUCAUAUAGAAUGUUUCUUUUUUUGGUAAGGCAUAUAAAAUGCUUUAUAAUC